AUGGUAGAAUUCUUGCCAAAAGUCACAGAAAUAAACCCACCACCCGAUGUCGAUGAUGGUGAGGAUGAGGUGGAGCCCCUUUCAAAUGGUCCCGAACAGCGAUCAUUGAAAGAAGAGGGGCAACAAGGUACUAGAAGGCAUCAUCGGCGGUUGUCCUCUAUGCACGAAUAUUUUGACCCAUUCUGUAAUGCAGAUGUCUAUUACGGUCCGGUAACAGACCCAAGAAAGCAGCCAAAACCUCACAGACUAAACAGAACCAGAACGAUGAGUGUUUUCAAUAAAGUUUCUGAUUUUAAGAACGACAUGAAGGAUUAUUCCUUGAAAAGAAGGGGCUCCGAAGACGAUAGUUUUCUUAGUAGUCAACGCAAUCGUAAGUUCUUUAUCGAUAAUGUGGAUAUGGCUCUAGAUGAGUUGCUGGCCAGUGAAGAUACAGAUAGGAACUACCAAAUCACUAUAGAGGAUACAGGUCCCAAAGUAAUCAAAGUCGGAACAGCAAAUUCCAACGGUUUCAAACAUGUUAACAUCAGAGGAACAUAUAUGCUUUCUAAUCUGUUGCAAGAACUGACCAUAGCAAAGAGUUUCGGAAGACACCAGAUAUUUUUGGAUGAGGCACGUAUAAACGAAAAUCCCGUUAAUAGAUUGUCAAGGUUGAUAACGAAUCAGUUUUGGAAUAGUCUAACAAGAAGAGUCGAUUUGUACAAUAUUGCAGAAAUUGCUCGCGACUCAAAAAUAGAUACACCAGGCGCUAAAAAUCCAAGAAUUUAUGUUCCAUAUAAUUGUCCUGAUCAAUACGAAUUUUACAUUCAAGCAUCUCAAAUGAAUCCGUCUUUAAAGCUCGAAGUCGAGUACUUGCCAAAACAUAUCACCCCAGAAUACGUCAAAUCAUUAAACGAUACACCCGGUUUGUUGGCAUUGGCCAUGGAGGAGCAUGUCAAUCCAUCUACUGGUGAAAGAUCCUUGGUCGGCUACCCCUAUGCGGUCCCUGGUGGUAGAUUCAAUGAAUUGUAUGGCUGGGACUCGUAUUUGAUGGCAUUGGGGCUCUUAGAAAGUAACAAAGUUGAUAUUGCAAGAGGUAUGGUAGAGCAUUUCAUAUUUGAAAUUGACCAUUACGAUAAGAUUUUGAACGCUAAUAGAAGUUAUUACCUUUGCAGAUCCCAACCCCCGUUUCUUACUGAUAUGGCCCUGUUGAUCUUUGAAAAAAUCGGAGGUAAGAAUAACCCAAACGCUAUACAAUUUCUGAAACGCGCAUUUAGGGCUGCUAUUAAAGAAUAUAAAGGCGUAUGGAUGUCAACCCCUAGAUUAGAUCCAAUUACUGGACUUUCUUGUUACCACCCUGAUGGUAUAGGUAUCCCCCCAGAAACUGAGCCUGCCCAUUUUGAUACGAUAUUGUUACCAUACGCUGAAAAGUAUAAUGUUUCUUUGGAAAACCUUAGAAAGCUUUAUAAUGACGGUACAAUAAAGGAACCAAAGCUGGACGCCUUUUUCUUACACGAUCGUGCUGUGAGAGAGUCGGGACAUGACACAACCUAUAGAUUUGAAGGUGUAUGUGCAUAUUUAGCAACGAUUGAUUUGAACUCUUUACUUUAUAAGUACGAAAUCGAUAUUGCUAAUGUUAUCGAGGAAUACUUUGAUGAUGAAUACUUUGAUGAGAAUGAUGGAACGGUUACUGAUGCUAAGCAUUGGCGGAAAUUGGCCAAAACUAGAAAGGAUAGUAUUAACAAGUAUAUGUGGGACGAAAAAUCUGGAUUCUUCUUUGAUUAUAAUAUUAAACUAAAAUGCAGAACUUCCUAUGAAUCAGCUACAACAUUUUGGAGUCUAUGGGCUGGUCUUGCUACCAAUGAGCAAGCAAAAAUCAUAGUUGAAAAGGCGCUCCCUCAAUUGGAGAUGCUUGGAGGACUAGUUGCAUGCACAGAGAAAUCAAGGGGCCCUAUAUCCAUUGAUAGGCCAAUUAGACAAUGGGACUAUCCGUGCGGUUGGGCACCACACCAAAUAUUGGCAUGGAAAGGUUUGUCCUCAUACGGCUAUGAACAAAUAGCGACAAGACUAGCUUAUAGGUGGUUGUACAUGAUCACAAAAGCUUUCGUUGAUUAUAACGGAAUGGUAGUAGAAAAAUAUGAUGUGACAAGGGGAACUGACCCGCAUCGUGUCGAUGCGGAAUAUGGUAAUCAAGGUGCAGAUUUCAAAGGUGUUGCUACAGAAGGUUUUGGCUGGGUAAACACGAGUUACUUGCUUGGGUUAAAAUACAUGAAUAAUCAUGCUAGAAGAGCUCUUGGUGCUUGUAGCCCACCAUUACCUUUUUUUAAUAGUUUAAAACCAUCUGAAAAAAAACUAUACUACCUUUGA